AGAGCCUGGGGAGAAGCUGCUCCUCGGCGUCCAGGUGUUCCCGUGGGGGCGGUGAGCGACGCACGGGGAACCCCAUGGGUUGCACGGUGAGCUUCACCUGCUGCGAGGAGGAGGAGGAGGAGGACACCCCCGGCAGACCGGACCAUCAGAGCGAAGCAUCUCUGGCAGCCAAGGGGAAGGGGAAGAGAGGGAGGAAGAAGAGGAAGAAGGAUGAGCGAAGGCAGCUUCUCAAGCCCGAAGAAGCGGAGGCCCCCAACGCUCACACCUUCAAGGCUAAGAGCUUCAAGCGGCCCCGGGUGUGCGGCGCGUGCAGGCAGCCUCUGGGCCAGCAGGGCCUCUGCUGCCGCGUUUGCAAGUAUAUCUGCCACAAAAAAUGCGAAUCAAAGGUGGCAGGUCCGUGCGCCGCUCCGGUCAACUACGAGUUGCCAAGCAGCCAGGACAUCCCCUCGAAGCAUGUAAACUCGACAGCGUUGGUGACAUCUAACCCUGAAGGUUUUUCUAACGUCAGGCGUAAACCAAGCCAGCCGUGCAGCUGGAGCGUGGAGCUGAGCAUGGAGCCCGGCCAGGAGCUGGAUCUCACCUACAUCACCGAGCGAAUCAUCUCCGUGUCUUACCCGCCCGGCGGCUCCCAGCUGACGUACCAUCAGCAGCUUCGCGAGGUGGCGCGCAUGCUCAAAUCUAAGCAUGCGGACAACUACCUGAUUCUCAACCUUUCUGAAAGAAGGCACGACAUUGAAAAGCUCAAUCCGCAAGUGAAGGACUUUGGAUGGCCCGACCUGCACGCCCCUCCGCUGGACAUCCUCUGCAGCCUGUGCAAGGCCAUGGACUCGUGGCUCAACGCGGACCCGCAACACGUCGUCGUCAUACACUGCAAGGGCAACAAAGGUCGAACUGGUGUGGUGGUGGCCUCCUACAUGUACUACAACAGCAUCUGUGCCAGCGCUCACCAGGCCCUGGACAGAUAUGCAAUGAAGAAAUUUUACGAUGACAAAGUCGCAGCUGUGUCGCAGCCCUCGCAGAAGAGGUAUGUCACCUAUUUCAGCGAGCUCCUUUCUGGAAAAACCAAGGUGAACAACAUGCCCCUCUUUCUACACCACAUUGUGGUGCAGGGCCUGCCCAACUUUGAGGCCAAUGGAGGUUGCAGGCCAUUUCUCAAAAUAUACCAAGCCAUGCAGCCUCUCUAUACCUCUGGCGUCUACAACAUCACAACCGAACAUUCCAACAGUUUCUGUAUUACAAUCGAACCCGGGCUGCCCCUGAAGGGUGACAUCUUGGUCAAGUGCUACCACAAGAAGUACCGCUCGGCCACGCGGGACGAGGUGUUCCGCGCGCAGUUCCACACGUGCGUGGUGCAGGACUUCAGCCCGCUCGCGCUCGGCAAGGAGGAGCUGGACGCCGCCUGCCGCGAUGAAAGAUUUCCUGAAAAUGGGAAGGUUGAGUUUAUCUUCUCGCCGGGUCCAGAGAAGCCCCCAGGCAGCGACAUGUAUCAGAACGAUCCCGAAUUAAGUGUCGAUUACAACACCUCGGAUCCCCUCAUCCGCUGGGAUUCUUACGAAACCUUUAACGUGCACCGUGAGGACAGCGUUGAAGAAGUGCCCCACACGGAGGGCCCCGUGGAUGGCAGCCUGUACGCAAGGGUGAAGAAGAAAGGCUCCACGGACAGCGUGCCGGCCGCCGGCAACGGUCUCUCGGUGCCGACCAGCGGCGCCGCGCAGCACAACCGCUCCAUGAGCACCGACUCGGGCAACUCCACCGCGUCCACCAAGACGGAGCGCACGGACGACCCCCACAGCCACCUCCACGGCGCCGCGGCGGGGGGAGCGGCUGCCGGGGCGGGUGGGGCCGGAGAGCCGGCAAAGCGGCCGGCGCGUAACGGCGGUGGCGGCGGCGGCAGGGAAGAGUCGUCGUGUGGGACGGCGCAGGCGAGCGCGGCGCUGCGUGUGGUCCCCGUCCAGGUGCACGUCAACGGCGGCUCGGCGGGGUCGGAGCGCGAGACGGAUAUUCUGGACGAUGACGAUCUGGCGAGCGGCGGCGCGGGCGGCUCCGGCAAGGCGGGCGAGGGCGCAGUCGGCGCCAGCGCCGAAGAUCGCGUCGCCGCGAGAAACCGCAUCGUCGACGUUCAGCCGGCCCUCGUGAACGGGUAUGCUCACGACCGCAGGGCUGGAAAUAUCCCAGGAGAAACGGUUGUGAUGAAUGCGGUGAACCGAAGUUACAGCGCUGCACCGGUGAGGAAUGCUCAUGGUAACAGUGGAAUGGGACUCUAUCAAGAGCAGACAAUGAAGUCCUCAAUACUAAUAAGAAGCCCUGAGCCUGUUCCAAAUCAAACGGUGGCAUUUGACCAGAACAGUGCCUACCAGCACGUCGGGCCUGCCUUCCAGCAGCAGCAGCCUUCUGUAAAUCAUCAACAGUCGAUGGCUGAACGAGGGGGCUUUUACGGACACCCGGCGGCUGCGGAGGUGACGGGGGACAGAAUGGGAGCACCGGCUCCACAGAGAACGCCGCAGAUCCCGGCACGCAGCAUGAGCAGCAGGAUGGCGGUGCAGCGUACCGUGAGCAGCUGGCAGAGCCGCUCGCGACCGCUCACGCGGCAGCAGUCCGACGUCACCUACGACCGUCCAGCUCCAGGUAAGGCCUACGAGCAGGAGCUGCCUCCUGGCCAGGUGCUGGCGCUCGGCUUUCCGGAUCUUCAGGCGCAGGCCGACUUUGAGAAGUCUUUGCUGGAGCUCAACAAGCUCAUCCAGGAGUUGGACCCAACCUUCAAACCACUGGGACCGCCUCCGGAUGGCAACUGUGCGAUCGUCAAUCGGUCAACGACAGAAAGCACCAGCGGCCAUCGUUCACCCUCCAAUAAGUCCAUCGUAUACAACCAGGCUGUUAAUGGGAAUGGAUAUGUCCAGAAACCAGUGGAAGAAUACACGGAAAAUAUGAGGCCCUCUGAGGACGUAAUUGUUCAGCACACUCAAACAUUAGCGUUUGCAUCGCCAACGGGGAGCAGUGCACCGGAGCAAGGAAAGACACAAGAGGUCGUGCACAACGGCCGGGUUGCCUACGCCGGCGGAUUGUGUGCAGCACAGCAGCCAGGAGCUCCUCCUCCGCCACAGCCUCACCAGGCAGAGCAGCAGGCGGGGCGCACGAUGGCUCAGCGAGCCGCGCGGGACGAGAAGGAGGGCUCCGAGGGAGCUCGCACCCCGCGCAGCAACUCCAGCCUCAGCUACUCGCUGUCGCCCUGCUCCUCUCCCGAGCCCAACAGCCCAACUCCCACGGCGGCGACGUCCUCUCGUACGGCGACGCACUCGGAGGGGCACGCCGGCGGGGGGCCGAGGUCGGAACGUGCCGAGGUGGGGAGCGGCGGCGGGACCCCGGUGCCGGGCGGGCGCGAGGAGAGCGUGCCGCCCACUCCGGCGUUCCCCGUGUGCCCACCCACGCCGUACGUGAACCAGGGUCGCUGCACGCCGGGGAUGUACGGGAGCCCCUUUAGUCCCGGACUGCACUCGUACAGCCCCCCUGAGGGGGGCUACGGCGCGAGCCCCAGCCUGGGGUCCAGACUGGGGAUGGGCGCAGGAGGCCGGCCGCACUUGAGAAAUGGCAGCGAGGCGCCUCUGCAGAAAUCGAACAGCGUCGGGGCCCAAUCGCACAACUCCCAAUCUUACAACUCUCCCGGCAACGCGUCCUCGCCUGCCGCAGGCCUCACGAGCCCCCAAGGUCUCGCUGUGAGCAGCCAGCCGAGGACCUUCGGCAAGGCCCCCCAAGCCCAGGCCCCCCAAGCCCAGGCCCCCGGCUCGGCACCCAACGCCGGUGGCUUCCUCCUGCAGCACCACGGCUCUCCGACAUCAAACGCAGACGGCCAGGUUCACCACGGCGCGGAAGCCUUCGGUCACCCGCAACAGAAUUGGCAGUACCGCGGGUCUCCCGUUCAACACCUCUGGACACCUCCCACGAAUUCCGCCGUCCUCGGUGGCAACGGCCAACAGCAGGAAUCGUCCAAUCACCCGGUUCAGCAGGGCAGCGUGGAGGGAGCCCUGCAGCAGCAGCAGCAGCCUGCCCUGCCGGAGAAGAGGUACCCCCCGGGGGGAGACUGGGUGGUGAACUCGCCGCACUACUCGCUGGUGAAUCGGGAAUCGCCGUCGCCGCUCUCCAGUGGAAUGCCCACCAUGAGCUGCUUCUCACCGUCCUCCACGCUGCCCGGGACCCUGCACCCCAACUUCUCGAGGCAGUCCAGCGUCACCUCGCUCCCCAGCGAUGUAAGUGCCGAAACUCGAGCAUAUGUGAAGUUUGUCCAAGACACCACAAAGUACUGGUACAAAAAGGACAUUUCAAGAGACCAAGCGAUUGCCGUGCUCAAGGACUCGGAGCCAGGCUCGUUCAUCAUCAGGGACAGCCACUCUUUCCGCGGGGCCUACGGUUUGGCCGUUAAGGUGGCAAUGCCCCCCCCGAGCGUCCUCCAGCAAACCAAAAAAGGAGACCUGGCCAACGAAUUGGUGCGGCACUAUUUGAUUGAAUCGACUCCGAAGGGCGUGAGGUUAAAGGGAUGUCCCAACGAGCCCUUCUUCGGGAGUCUGUCCGCUCUGGUCUACCAGCACUCCAUCACCCCACUGGCGCUGCCCUGUCAGCUCAUUAUCCCCGAUAAAGAUCCGAUGGAGUGCUCCGAAACGGACAGCAGUGAAGCCAACACGGCGAAUUCGGCAUCAGAAUUACUGAAGCAAGGAGCCGCAUGCAACGUGCUGUUCUUGGGCUCGGUGGAAAUGGAGUCUCUGACGGGGCCACAGGCCAUCGCCAAGGCCGUCGGGGAGGUGCUGGAGGCCAGCGCCGCUACACCGGCCGCCACCGCGGUGCACUUCAAGGUGUCGGCGCAGGGAAUCACCCUGACCGACAAUCAGCGCAAGCUAUUUUUCAGGAGGCACUACCCAUCCAUCACAGUGACCUUCUGUGACCUGGACCCUCAAGAAAGAAAGUGGCAGAACAAUGGAAGCAACUCUGCAAACAUCUUCGGAUUUGUGGCAAAGAAACAGGCCAGCACGACGGACAACCUCUGCCAUCUCUUUGCCGAGUUGGAGCCAGAGCAGCCAGCCGGCGCGAUCGUCAACUUUGUCACAAAGGUCAUGCUUGGGUCACAGAACGUGGCCACGAAGCCAGCGCCGACCCCGUGAAGAGUCCCUCGUGACACCAGCCCACCUGGCCACUCACAAACAGGACCACACUGCCAAAACAUCUAUUCAAAUGCUGGGAUUAGGCGGUUUGCUUAAUUGGUUAAACGCAACGUUUAAACGUUUGUGCGGACACUAAAAAAAGCAAUGACCUGAACUAAACGAAAGCUUUUACUCGAGGCACUUGUUUGAGAUUUCCCGACAUCUUGCUGCAUCACGAAGCAGCAGCUAGCUCGGCUGCUGCUGCUGCUCAAUAAUGAGACACUAAAAUUGUAAUCCGCUUUUGGCAUGCUUGGAAAUACAGCAAAUGAAAUAUGUGCAAGGUAGAAAUAUAUAAAACGGUCAGCACUUUGCCAAAUUAAUGUCAAGAGCUUCAACAGUACGGUUGUUUGUUAUUCAAUUAUCUUGUGUAUUUAAUGAUUUAUGUGUAAAAUUCAUGAGGAGAAGAAUCAGCCUGUCAUGCAGUAACCUGCAAAAAUUUUAAAGAUAAUGUUGAUAAAGCACUGCACCACAUGAUGUGGCUCUUAUCAAAACAUGUUUUACGAGAAAAGACAAUUCCAGAUCACACAGCCACACACCAAAUCACGGAUGUUGGAUAAAUUAAGCACUUGCAUAAUAACGAUAUGAGAUUAAACCAUACUCCUUGACCAAUGCAACUGUCAAAGGGAAACCAUUUUCACGAGUCGACGAAACAUAAAUUGAUUGGGAAUGCUCGUUGCAUUCUCGAAAACCUGCAUUUUGAAAGUUAUAUUUUUUGCCGGCAUUCCAUUUGAGUUGUCGUUUUUAUUCCGAAUAACUUUUUUGUACAAAACUGUAGUUUAUUUAGCUUUAUGAUCAUGUAUUUGUUUGUGAUUUUAACUUCUAGUAUAAGCAAGACAUUUGAAAUGUGUGCAUGUUAGUAAAAAGGUAGAAGUAUUUUUUAAUCUCUUCAAAAUAUAUUUAUUACGCUUUCCUGUAACACUGAAAGCUUCUCAUAAAUUGUGUAUAAUCUGUUCAUAGCCAAAGUGCAAACUUUUUUUUGCUUUGCUUUGAAAUUAAAAAUCGUAAUGGUUUUAGGUGGACGUAUUCAGUCACCUUAGGUCACCCCAUUGGGAAGUCAGCCCAGGUGAGAGCUAAACAACGCAGGAGUCAUGUCAAUCCAUAACUAGUCCGAAUAUUAUUCUGAAAAUAACAUGUACCUCCGUGUUGUACACGUGGCACAGGCUUUCACAAAGCAGAGGGCAUAGUAGGUUACCAUAGGUUUAUAUUUUCUUGUUCAGCCCAUUGCAGGUUAUUUGGGCACCUUUUGCUAAAAUUCAAACGGAUAUUUUUGUUACCUUGUGUGAAUAAUGGAUAAGGGAGGUGAGCGAGGUAAAUACACUGGGUGGGACAGAACCGACGAUUACUUGUUGUAAAUAUUUUAGUUUUAUUUUACGAUUCAUAAAAUGCGGUCUCAUUAAUAAUUUACUUAUAUUCUACGUACACGUUUUUGUUAUCGCUGAAAAAAAAAAGUAAAACGUAAACAUUUCGGAUGUAAUAUGCAUGAACAUGAGCGUAUCACGAUGGUUACCUGGGAAACAAUCCGCAGUUCGUAACCACGAGGGACGCGUUCCCAAUUCCCGAUGAUCCAAACGCGUUUUGUUUUCGCAUGGAAUCCGAAGGCGUGACGUCACAGGGAGUAGUGCCACUCCCUGUGACGUCACGUGCUCCCCGUUCGCCACCACGUGGUGGCGUCGACUCGCAUCGUGCGAGGUCGCGCAAAAGGCAGGAGAGAGUUAAAUUGUCAGUUCGUUGGUGUUAUGUAACAAGCACAUAAUUGCACAUUACCUCGCAAAAGGAUCUGAAAGUGUCCUUGUUGAAAUGCAAUUUCACAUCUGACACCCCAUCCCAUUCAAAAUGUCAUGAUCUGCCGGAGGUUUCACGUUGUCUCUGUACGAAGCGAUGCACCAAAUUGGCAGUCUGCACGUUUGCCGAUGCUGUGCGAGACGCACAGGGGUGGGUUAACCAAGAAGUAAUGCUGUGGUCUUUUGUUACCGACAGGAUGCCUGCACCUCGAAGCAAACGAGUGGGUAGUCUGCGUGAACACCGCUAACCUUACACCGAAAACACCGACUGCUUUUGUCCAAUACACAGCGGCUGUGUCCCUCCGACGCUAAGAGUGUUGUUCAGUGUUCGUGGCUAAUAUAAACACGCCACAUUAUAUCCAUCCUAUAUAUAAAACGCAUGAACACAUUACAUAACCCAACAACCGUCUAGGAUUUGAAUAUCAAAUACAACCUCGUAACAAAUGCCGCGCUUGUAGAGUGUAACCUUUGCACAAGCGUGGUAACAAUGAAAUGCGUGGAGAAUGUUUUCAGAAGGUUACGGCAAUGGAUUUGACACGAUGACAAGCAUGCGUGAUGUCGUUCCUUUCAAGAAUAAAUCGCAAAUACCAAUCUCAUUUGCAGCAGGGGGGCAAGAGGGUGGACGAACAAAGUGAAUGUUGUGCACAAAAUCUGGCUCCUUUUUUACAAUUGAUCUCAAAAUUGUCUAAAUGUAAUUUGAAGUAUUUCAUUAGCGCUCUCAAUAAUAAAAUAACGAAGCAACUUAAAAGGGGGGGGGGGGGAGAGAAAUAAACUAUGAUACAGAGAUGCCCAUGAGCCAGUGAUAUUAAUUUAACGUUUAGGUUUAAAAAAAAAAACCAAUGUACUUGGUUUAAUGCGUUGUGGACGUGGUGACCGUGUAACUCUCCCCGGAAUCGCUGCCUCUGAUAAAAUAUUUCGCCCAGGGGCAUAGCCACAGAGGCUCGCGGCUGCUGCCACCUGUGCACACGAAUGUAUGCAGAUGUCUCCAUUGCAGAAGCAAAGUGUGUUGUGUUUGAGGACGCAAAGGGACUCUCUGUUUAACACGUAGGAGGCUUUCACGACCAAUAUGAUCCACAAGAGGUUUUUGGGUUCGAUCGCGUCAAUGUAUAAAUGUUGUGUCGUUAAAACCCGCCACCACCCGACACAGCCAACUAGUAAGGGUUGUCACGUAAACAGAACGUGCCAAUUCGUCACUAGUACAGCACACGGGUGUGUUGGAGAGCCAAGCCACAACAUUUACAAACCGAGUCCGACGUUUCGCCAGUAACUAGCUUCAUCAGUUGGCUGUCGGGUGGUGGCAGGUUUUAACGACACAUUUAUACAUUUACGCGAUCUCACCCAAAAAGCUCUUAUCAAAGGGACUCUGUGGUGGUGUCUAACACCCCGUUCUGCCCCAAGCCAAGCGGACGCUUGUUGAGAAAUUUUUUUUACCCGUUUUUUUGGCUAUGCUCCUGACGCGUCAACUCGUGUCAUGUACUCACUGGAUUAAUCAGUGUUAUUAGCAAACUGCUAACAGUAUAUAUCUCCUUUACAUUAAAAAUCAUGACACUUAAAAUUGAUUUAUAUUUAUGAUCUUAAGGCUUCAUAUUAUAUAUCAUAUAGUUUAUAUUUUGUACUUUAUAAUAAAAAUAGCAAACUUUAACUGUACAAAAUGUGUAAAUGAAAGCUGUUCUUAAAUAGUGCCAUGAGCUCUACUCCAUGUAAACCCGUGCUUUGCUUAAAUAAGCAGGAAAUAAAAAAAAACAUAUUUAAAAAAAC